AUGGACGUGGACAUGGACGUGGACGUGGACGUGGACGUGGUCGUGGACGUGGACGUGGUCGUGGACGUGGACGUGGACGUGGACGUGGACCUGGACGUGGACGUGGACAUGGAUGUGGACGUGGACGUGGACGUGGACGUGGACGUGGACAUGGACGUGGACGUGGACGUGGACGUGGACGUGGACAUGGAGGUGGACGUGGACGUGUACAUGGACGUGGACGUAGACGUGGACGUGGACGUGGACAUGGUCGUGGACGUGGACGUGGACGUGGACGUAGACGUGGACAUGGACGUGGACGUGGACGUGGACAUGGACGUAGACAUGGACGUGGACGUGGACGUGGACAUGGACAUGGACGUGGACAUGGACGUGGACGUGGACGUGGACGUGGACGUGGACGUAGACCUGGACGUGGACAUGGACGUGGACAUGGACAUGGAUGUGGACAUGGACAUGGACGUAGACGUGGACGUGGACAUGGACGUGGACGUGGACGUGGACAUGGAGGUGGACGUGGACGUGGACGUGGACGUGGACGUGGACGUAGACGUGGACAUGGACGUGGACGUGGACGUGGACGUGGAGGUGGAGGUGGACGUGGACGUGGACGUGGAGGUGGACGUGGACGUGGACGUGGACAUGGACGUGGACGUGGACGUAGACAUAAACGUGGACGUGGAGGACUUGGACGUGGACGUGGACGUGGACGUGGACGUGGACGUGGACGAGGACCUUGACGUGGACGUGGACAUGGACGUGGACGUGGACGUGGACGUGGACGUGGACGUGGACAUGGACGUGGACGUGGACGUGGACGUCGACGUGGACGUGGACGUAAACGUGGAGGACUUGGACGUGGACGUGGACGUGGACGUGGACUUGGACGUUGACGUGUACGUGGACGAGGACGUAUACGUGGACGUGGACAUGGACGUGGACGUGGACGUGGACGUGGACGAGGACAUCGACGUGGACGUGGACGACGUGGACGUAGACGUGGACGUGGACGUGGACGUGGACAUGGACGAGGAGGUGGACGUGGACGUGGACAUGGACGUGGACAUGGACGUGGACCUGAACGACUUGGAUGUGGACGUGGACGUGGACGUGGACGAGGACCUGGACGUGGACGUGGAAUUGGAUGAGGACGUAGACGUGGACGUGGACAUGGACGUGGACGUGGACGUGGACGUGGACAAGGACAUGGACGUGGACGUGGACGUGAACGUGGACGUGGACGUGGACAUGGACGUGGACGAGGACAUGAACGAGGACGUGGACGUGGACAUGGACGUGGACAUGGACAUGGACAUGGACGUGGACGUAGACAUGGACGUGGACAUGGACGUGGACGUGGACGUGGACGUGGACAUGGACGUGGACAUGGACGUGGACGUGGACGUGGACAUGGACGUGGACGUGGACGUGAACGUGGACGUGGACAGGGACAUGGACGUAGACGUGGACAUGGACGUGAACGUGGACGUGGACGAGGACGUGGACAUGGACGUGGUCGUGGACGUGGACGUGGACGUGGACGUGGACCUGGACGUCGACAUGGAGGUGGACGUAGACGUGGACGUGGACGUGGACGUGGACGUGGACAUGGACGUGGACGUGGACGUGGACAUGGACGUGGACGUGGACGUGGACAUGGACGUGGACGUGGACGUGGACGUCGACAUGGACGUGGACGUGGACGUAGACGUGGACGAGGACGUGGACGUGGACAUGAACGUGGACGUGGACGUGGACGUGGACAUGGACGUGGACGUGGACGUGGACGUGGACGUGGACAUGGACGUGGACGUGGACGUGGACGUCGACGUGGACGUGGACGUGGAGGACUUGGACGUGGACGUGGAAGUGGACGUGGACGUGGACUUGGACGUGGACGUGGACGUGGACGAGGACGUAGACGUGGACAUGGACAUGGACGUGGACGUGGACGUGGACAUGGACGUGGACGUGGACGAAGACUUGGACGUGGACGUGGACAUGGACGAGGAGUUGGACGUGGACAUGGACAUGGACAUGGACGUGGACGUGGACGUGAACCUGGACGUGGACGUGGACGUAGACGUGGACGCGGACAUGGACAUGGAGGUGGACGUGGACGUGGACGUAGACGUGGACCUGGACGUGGAAGACUUGGAUGUGGACGUGGACGUGGACGUGGACGAGGACCUGGACGUGGACGUGGACGUGGACGAGGACGUAGACGUGGACGUGGACAUGGACGUGGACGUGGACGUGGACGUGGACGAGGACAUGGACGUGGACGUGGACGUGAACGUGGACGUGGACGUGGACAUGGACGUGGAUGAGGACAUGGACGAGGACGUGGACGUGGAUAUGAACGUGGACGUGGACAUGGACGUGGACGUGGACAUGGACGUGGACGUGGACAUGGACGUGGACGUGGACGUCGACGUCGACGUGGACGUGGACGUGGAGGACUUGGACGUGGAUGUGGACGUGGACGUGGACGUGGACGUGGAGGUGGACAUGGACGAGGAGGUGGACGUGGACGUGGACGUGGACAUGGACGUGGACGUGGACGUGGACAUGGACGUGGACAUGGACGUGGACGUGGACGUGGACAUGGACAUGGACGUGGACAUGGACGUGGACGUGGACGUGGACGUGGACGUAGACCUGGACGUGGACGUGGACGUGGACGUGGACAUGGACAUGGAUGUGGACAUGGACAUGGACGUAGACGUGGACGUGGACAUGGACGUGGACGUGGACGUGGACAUGGACGUGCACGUGGACGUGGACGUUGACGUGGACGUGGACGUAGACGUGGACAUGGACGUGGACGUGGACGUGGAGGUGGAGGUGGACGUGGACGUGGACGUGGAGGUGGACGUGGACGUGGACGUGGACGUGGACAUGGACGUGGACGUGGACGUAGACAUAAACGUGGACGUGGAGAACUUCGACGUGGACGUGGACGUGGACGUGGACGUGGACGUGGACGAGGACAUUGACGUGGACGUGGACAUGGACGUGGACGUGGACGUGGACGUGGACGUGGACAUGGACGUGGACAUGGACGUCGACGUCGACGUGGACGUGGACGUGGACGUAAACGUGGAGGACUUGGACGUGGACGUGGACGUGGACGUGGACUUGGACGUGGACGUGUACGUGGACGAAUACGUGGACGUGGACGUGGACGUGGACGUGGACAUGGACGUGGACUUGGACGUGGACAUGGACUUGGACGUGGAUGUGGACGUGGACGUGGACGUGGACGUGGACGUGGAGGUGGACAUGGACGAGGAGGUGGACGUGGACGUAGACGUGGACAUGGACGUGGACGUGGACGUGGACAUGGACGUGGACAUGGACGUGGACAUGGACGUGGACGUGGACGUGGACAUGGACAUGGACGUGGACAUGGACGUGGACGUGGACGUGGACGUGGACGUGGACGUAGACCUGGACGUGGACGUGGACGUGGACGUGGACAUGGACAUGGAUGUGGACAUGGACAUGGACGUAGAUGUGGACGUGGACAUGGACGUGGACGUGGACGUGGACAUGGACGUGCACGUGGACGUGGACGUGGACGUGGACGUGGACGUAGACGUGGACAUGGACGUGGACGUGGACGUGGAGGUGGAGGUGGACGUGGACGUGGAGGUGGACGUGGACGUGGACGUGGACGUGGACAUGGACGUGGACGUGGACGUAGACAUAAACGUGGACGUGGAGGACUUGGACGUGGACGUGGACGUGGACGUGGACGUGGACGAGGACCUUGACGUGGACGUGGACAUGGACGUGGACGUGGACGUGGACGUGGACGUGGACAUGGACGUGGACGUGGACGUCGACGUGGACGUGGACGUAAACGUGGAGGACUUGGACGUGGACGUGGACGUGGACGUGGACUUGGACGUGGACGUGUACGUGGACGAGGACGUAUACGUGGACGUGGACAUGGACGUGGACGUGGACGUGGACGAGGACAUCGACGUGGACGUGGACGUGAACUUGGACGUGGACGUGGACAUGGACGUGGACGUGGACGUGGACGAGGACGUGGCAAGGACGUGGACGUAG